AUGAAUAUUUCUGAAAAUAUUGGUGAAUCUUCGUGUAAACGACAAGAAAAUGGCGACGCUACUCAAGAACCAGACCGCCCACUAAAGAAAGCACGCUUUGCUUGGGAAGUAAAGGGGAAAUAUCAUUUGAGAAAUGAUAUAACAGAUGGAAAAUCAAAUCAAAUAGGAGAAACGGAUACAGCCGGUUCAUCGAAGCAAGAAUCUAAAUUAGUUGGUCGUACAGAACAAAACCUUGAGAUAUUAGGGGACUACUUAUUGAAACAGGAUUUCAAUUCCCUUGACUCUAUAAGUGACAAUAAUGCGUCGUUAUUACCUAGCUCAAGUACAAGUCAAAAACUUUCGUACCCGCGGUAUAUAAGUACAUUUGAGAGCAGCAGGGACACAAGUGAAAGUAGUGGAAGUACCAACAGCGACAAGUCCAUACCUAAUUCUAUGGUGUACUCAAGUAAGGAAGUUGAAGACCAAUGUAUAGCUCGGUGGCAAGCAAGACAGAUGGCUAAAUGUUUUGUUGACAACACAAUCAAUCGGGUCCUCGAUAGCUGGAUGCUUGCACCAUUACCCGCUGAUAUGGACAAUAACAGAGUUCUAGCGUUAGAUGCAGCGGAGUUUAUAAACAACCUGCCCGGUGACAAUAGUAUUGAGAAUGAGGCUAUAUUGAUGGCGAUAUCUGCUCACGGCUUGCAGAAUAACUCGGGAUCGAGUAAUGACAACAGUGGGACAGAUCAAUGUGAUUCAAGUAAACAUAUAUAUAUGUCGGCAGCGAGCAGCCCAAUACCUUCAGACGACGAAAGUCCAGAUAUAAACUUAGAAAGCAAACUACAAACUGAGUGUUCUUCAAACAAUCUGGACAUGUCAUGGACAUAUGCCGAUGACAUUGAACAUAACUCAAAUAAUAAUUCACCAUUAAAAUUUUACCCCGAAACUUCAAGUUCGUCAUAUCAGUUUUUUAGUGAAACUGAUAAUUUAAAUAAUAGCAACAUUGAAUAUGAGGCUGAAGACAAUGAAACACAUGACAAUAAUAUAGCAAAUAAUCAUUAUGAUUUUUUAGAUGCGGCCGUUUCCUUUGCAAUACAAUACAAAGGUCUCACUUCUUAUGGGACGGACUACGGUUAA